AUGGAAGCAGACAGAGAACAAAAAAUUUUUCUUUUUUAUAACUGUUUACAUCAGAAGAUUCAAUUCACACUUACGCGUUACAUUGCACUGAUGAAGGGCAUAAAAGGAAAAGAAAUUAGAGACGGGUUGAAUGUUUACACAAAAAAAAGUAAAACACAGAAGUCGGAUAUUAAAUCAUUUUCAGAUGAACAGAACGUGACAAAAAUUCAUUCAUAA